UCAACAUAUGGUCACACGAGGGCUUGCGUUAUUUAUUUUCUUGGUUUAAUCCAAUUUUAUUUAAGUUAAUCGAAGCGCACAAUACAGAUAUAAGUGAAAGAUGAAUGUCAUGCUCCGUUGCGCGUUCCUGCUGCUUACCCUGGCCAUUUGCGGCAGCUGGGCCAUCCGAUGCUACCAGUGCUCCUCCGACCAGGAUCGCAAGGGGCACGACAGCUGUGGCGCCUACAAGAGAUUCAACCGCACCGAGCACAUUGCCAUUGAGUGCAACAGCGACGAGAGCCACAUGCCCGGAUCCUUCUGCAUGAAGGUGGUGCAGCAGGGACCUCGAGGAUUUAUCUGGGACGGUCGCUGGCGUCAGGUGAUUCGACGAUGUGCAUCCGUUUCCGAUACCGGAGUGGUUGGCGUCUGUAACUGGGGAGUCUACGAGAACGGAGUGUACUGGGAGGAGUGCUAUUGCUCCAACGACAGCUGCAAUGGCUCCAGCUUAGUUCAAAUGCAUGGAUCCCUGCAGCUUCUUUUGGGCCUUCUGCUAAUUGGCGCUGUCUCUCGAAUCUUUAGAAGUUAAUAGGAAAACCAGGCUUACCCUCAGCACAAACAAAACACAAAAAGUGCCUUUUCGCCACGCUACAUGACAUUUAAGCUAGGAUUGACUUUUGAUAUCAGAAACACAUUCCGUCCACUCUUCCUGUCUAUAUUUAAGUCGAAAAGUUGAAAACAAUUAAUUGUAAAGGUUAACUACUUAUCUAGUUACCCAAACUGUGGCAGGUAAAUUUAAAAGAACCUUAACUAGCUAAAAUAUUUCAAUGAAAAGUAAACAUCAAACAAUUCAAAAAUGAUUUUUCUACAUACUUAAAUCAUAUAAAUUGAUAUGUAGUUUAAUUAAUUUUACAAUUAAUAGAUUUCCCAUAUUUAUUACUACAAUUUACCUGCCAUGCCAGAAUAACACCCACAUAUCCAAACACCAGUAAAUUGUACACACCGAAUCUCGAGUUAAGCACCUGAAAUGGAAAUAUACAGUAUAUUAAGAAUAUUAAACAAUUCAAUUUUCA